GCUAAAGGAGAUCUCCGCGAUUUUUGCUAGAGGUGGUGGUAAAUAAAUUUUCAUGUGCUCUGUUUGUGGGAAUCAGCUGUAAUUAAAAUGCUUCCCGGGGCGGUUCAUGAGAAUUUAAUUUUGUAUAUUACUCCAGAAAAAUUCCUUAUUGAACCAGUUGGUGCCUUUGAUGAGCUCCUAAUCAUUGACAGAUCAUCUCGAGAAAUCAGUUUACAGCAUAACCAAGGACAAAUCGCGCCUAGUGCAACAAGUCAAUCAAUAUGUGGCAUAAUAGGAACAAUUCAUUUAAUUGGAGGUCCUUAUUUAAUUGUAAUAACCAAAAAAUCUAUUGUGGGCGAUGUAUGUGGCCAAGCUAUUUGGAGGAUAGAGGACACAGAUGUAAUUCCAUAUGCACGGACAAUGCUACAUCUAACUGAUGAACAGUCACAGUAUAAUAAGUCAUAUCUUUCAAUGGUGCAGUCUGUGUUGAAGACUCCAUAUUUUUAUUUCUCCUACACCUAUGACUUAAGUCAUACUUUGCAAAGGUUGCACAACACAAGUCCAGAUUUCUUACAAAUGCCUUUGUUUCAAAGAGCUGAUUCAAGAUUUAUAUGGAACUCUUAUGUCAUGCGUGAUUUUCUUGCCCAACAAGAGUUGCAAAAUUACUGGCUUCCUGUAAUACAUGGUUUUAUUGUUGUCAAAAAAUGUACCAUUAACCAGAAGUCUUUUUCCUGGACAUUAAUUUCACGAAGGAGUUUAUUUCGGGCUGGUACAAGAUUGUUCAUGAGAGGUCUUGAUACUGAUGGCCAUCCAGCAAAUUUUGUUGAGACUGAGCAAGUGAUUGAAUGCGAUGGUUCCAAAAGUUCUUUUGUUCAGACAAGAGGUUCAAUUCCAUUAUUUUGGACUCAGCUGCCUAAUCUAAGGUAUAAGCCCAAGCCUACUUUGAAUAACUACAACCAUUUAGAUGGUUUUCAAAGGCAUUUUGACAGCCAGAUCUACAACUAUGGGCAACAAGUUAUUGUGAAUCUGAUUGAUCAUAAGGGAGCAGAAAAGAAAUUAGAAGAAGCUUUAUCCCGUGUGGUUAAUUCAAGUGGAAACUCAAACAUCAAGUAUGAAGCGUUUGAUUUCCAUCAUGAAUGCCGCAAAAUGAGAUGGGAUAGACUAUCAAUUUUAAUGGAUCGUGUACGACAAGACUUGCUUGAUCACAAUUACUUUAUGAUGCUCCGUGAUGGAAGUGUCCCUUGCCAGCAAGAAGGAGUUUUUCGUACGAACUGCAUUGAUUGUUUAGAUCGUACAAAUGUGGUUCAGAGUCUCUUAGCUAGGGAGUCUUUAGAACUGCAGCUAAAGAAACUUGGUGUAUUGAGUGAGGGGCAAAAAUUGCAAGCUCAGCAUAACUUUGAAUUUAUUUACAAAAACGCUUGGGCUGAUAAUGCAGACAUAUGUAGUAUACAGUAUGCUGGAACUGGAGCCUUAAAAACAGACUUUACCAGGACUGGAAAACGAAGUAAGCAAGGCCUCUUAAAAGAUGGAUUAAAUUCUGCUGUUCGAUAUUUCAAAAACAAUUUUGCUGAUGGCUUUCGCCAGGAUUCAAUUGAUUUGUUCUUGGGAAACUAUCAAGUUGAUGAAAGUGAAGGUGUUUCAAAACCGUGUCCAUUAAAAGAUAAAAAAGAUCUGAAAUAUUCUGCUCUGCCAAUUGUUUUGCUGUUAGCCAUUGCUAUGUGCUUCUUGUCUCUGCUAGUACCCUCAAUGCACAGCUCGGAGACUUUCAUGUUCAUUCUUUUCUGGUUUGGGAUGGUUGUGAUUACAUUCGCUGUUAUUAUGUAUUACGGAGUCGAGUUUGUAGAUUACCCUAAGCUUCAAAAUGUCAGACCACCAGUAGUAAAAUAUGAAUGAAAUGAUGCCUACGUUCAUAUUGUAUAAAAUAUGAACUUUAUAAUGUGUAACUCACUGUUAAAUCAUUCCUUGACACAAAGUGCUAUAUUAAAAUGCUAUAUAGCUUUGUAAAUAGAAGUUGAGUAUAUCUAUAACUUUGAUUGCAAUGCUACACUGUUUAUUUUCUAUUUUGAAUUAUUUUUCGAAUUUGUCAAAGAAUCAUAGACUUGUUAUUGUAUUAAUUUCUUUAUAUCCCUCCGCCCUCACACCAACCUAUACAUAAAAUAAUGCAUCAAGUUUGUUAUUUUAGCAGGUUGUGGAAAUUGUUUCUAUUUGUUGAUUGUAUUCAUAGUUUAAUCAUUAAUUUUGUAAAAUAUCUUGAAAACCAAUUAAUUAAAAUAAA